CGCCAAGACGGCGCUUGCAACGUUUUCGCAGCAAAUCAAUAUCUCAUAGCAUUGUUUUGUGGGGGGUCGGGGGACCCCUCGAACUUCAUCGCAACGCUUCAGCUCUUUACAAGAGAAACUCCUUCUCCGUCUUCCUUCCAUCCGCUUCGUCUAGGGUUUCCACUAAUCGGUGGUCUUUUCUACAAUCAAAGGAUCGCAAUCAGUGAAGGAUCUAAUAGGGGUGUACUAUUUUGAAUCGAUUGGUAGAAAAACGAGCAAAAAACACUUCAUUUGCACAAGAGGGUAAAAGAAGAGAUCGAAGUAACCAUGCAUAUGGUGAAAACCCAUGAUAGGGAGACUCAUGGAAUGAGCAAUGACAUCGAUGAGAACACACCAAUCGACAAAGUUAAAGGCCCAAAUGUGUUUGAACGGGCUAAGGAGGAGAUCGAGGCCAUUGUGGAGGCUAUCCAUUCGAAGAGAGAACCUCAUCAUGAUCCACCCACAAAGAAAGAGGAAAGUGUAGUGGAAGCACCUAAUUUAGCUGAUAAGGCAAACAAAGAGGCCAAAACAUUGAACAGGGUUAAAACCCAUGACAAGGAGACUCAUGGUACGAGCAAUGACAUUGACGAGAAUACACCUAUUGAAAAAGUUAAAGGACCUGGUGUAUUUGAACGAGCUAAAGAAGAGAUCGAGGCCCUCGUAGGAACAAUUCAUCCAAAGAAAGAACACAAUCAUGAGAGGCUGGAUUGUUGAUCAAGAAAAGAAGGAAAAAGAUUGUUGCCGCGAUGCUGGGGAACUCAGAGGUGAUUAAGCCUUACCUUAUCUGUUUUGCCUCUGUAUGGACUGUUGGCUAUUUGGUUUUUGCUAAUUAAACUUUUCACCCUUCGUUGCAAGGGAGCAUUAUGGAAGGAUCAGGGGAAAGAAAACAAGAGUUUCACAACCGAGGCAAAGUGGGGACCCUAGGGCUUGGACUUUGUUAAAAACAUGUGAAAAAAUUAUGAGAAAAUUUUCCAUCUUUUAAUUCAGAACCUGUGGUGGUUACAAAAAGGAUAUAGUUGGCAGUUACUACUGUACUGUUGUAUCUAUUUAAUACUCUUCGUUUAAGUUCCAAAUAUUAUGUUUUAAGCUAGGAUUUAGACAUUUCAGAUACCAGGAACCUUUCAGUAGCAACAAUCUUCAUGCAUGCCAGUUC